GAACGCGUCCCUUAGUCUAGAAGGUCAACAUGACCUGAUUACAGAACGGUAUGGUCGCCAUCGAAUUUUGAAUCGAUUCAAAAUUCUAAAAUCACAUUCCCGUCUGAGAACGUUCAUAAAGUUCGUAAAUAGACCUUAGAAAGUUGCAGCUACGUUCAUUCCAUUCGCACACAGUUUCAAACCAGUUUUGAAGAACGCAGUGGCAACUUGUUUGGUGUGAUAGCUAGGCUAUAUUUUUGCUAACUCGUUCAUAAGCAGUGUUAAAUACGUUCUUAAUCAGUUUAAACCCGUUUGCAAUUAGUUCUACCUCGUUUUCAACACGUCCUCAGACAGUUCAACUCGUUGUUAAAACGUCCCUAGUAGGAUUGAAGUACGACGGUUCCGUUCGUAGUACGUCCAGCUCGUCGUUAGUACGUUGUCACUCGUUCUAAUUGUAGAACAUGACGACCACGAGAACAUUUUGAGCAUUGUCUAAGUUCUAGAGGACCUACCCGUUCGAGUACGUUCGAUGAAGUUUGUAAAUAGAUCCCAAACGGUUCUUAGUAGGUCCAGUCCGUUCGUACACAGUUGAAGCCCGUUUUCGAGAACGUAGUGAGAACUAGUUUGGUGUGAUAGUAGGGUAACCAUAUAUAUAAAGUUGACACUCCGACAUUUCCAAUCGUGUAUUUAAUUGUGUCAUUUAUUUCAUCCAAGAAUUGGAAGGAAUAGCGAGUGUCAAAUGUUGAAAGCAAUCUUCAAAAUCCAUGCCAAAAUUUUCCUUGCAUGUUCAAUAUAUUUUCAAUUUCAAGGGUUUAAUGGAAUCUUUUUGAAGGUCUCAUUUUCUCAAGAAAUAAUUUCUAAUUGAUUAUUGACAGUUGACAAUGACGGAUGGUCACAAAAUGAGUAAGCUUACGCUUACCAUAUCACAUGAUGAAUACAAUUGAAUGUUCACAUGUUAACACGAAUUUGAAUAUAAGAGAAUGUUAAUAACUACACUAAAAUUCACUUGUGAAAAUAUUAUCUUAUCUAUCAACAACAUGUCACGCCAUCAAAGACAUGUUCGAAAUACAAUGAUGGCCAGUUUUACUUUUAAUUUGCGACGAUAACUUUAUUAAUACACUUCACGAGCGAUAACUCCGAUCCCAGGAGUCUGAUGGUCAAAGCCUGAGACUACCACAGCCUCAGAUGUAGACAAAACUAUUACGAACUAUUCGACUCUUUUUUAAAGAAGCAAAACGAACUAUUGGAAAGGUCUGAGACUCUAUUUAUGGUAUUCAGAUAAAUCCACCCACCUUACAAUGGCCGUUAAUCGAGGGGUGUUGGUUGUAAUAGGUGUGAUGCUGGCAGGUUGUCUUUUAGGCGCCGGUAUUCUGCUUGGACGUUUCGGUAUACCACGGGGUACAAGUGGAGAUGACAUUAACCCUGAAUUCAGCAGAUUCAAAAAACUCAUCAAGGACGCAGAUGAUAUGAUAGCCAAAAGAAUCACCGAGGAGAUUGACAAUAAAGCCAUUGAGGAGCAUCUUAAAGUGUUUUCCUCUCAACCCCAUGUGGCCGGAACUCCUGCUGAUUUGGAACAAGCGGAUUAUAUCAGAGAGAAAUGGUUGGAAUUUGGUCUCGAUGAAGUGAAUAUAUUACCAUACGAUGUGCUACUUUCAUAUCCCGGGGAUGUAAAAACGAAUCCAAAUACCUUGCAAAUUCUAGAGGGCGAUACAUUGGUGCAUCAAGCUACACUGAACGAACCAAUCCUUGAUCCACAAAUGAAUAGAUCAGACGCUUUGCCACCGUGGCUCGCAUACACACCAAGUGGCGAGGUUGAAGGGGAACUUGUGUAUGCAAAUCGCGGUUCUCUAGAAGACUUCAAGCAGCUGACUGGUGAAUUGGGCGUGGAUGUUACUGGUAAAAUUGUUAUUGCUCGAUAUGGUGGACUUUACCGCGGAGAUAAAGUGAAACAUGCACAGUUGUAUGGAGCUAAGGGGGUCAUUCUCUUUUCUGAUCCUGGAGACGUAACUAAAGAUGGCGCUGGUGUUUUUCCAGAUUCAAUAUGGCUUCCUGGCUACGGAGCACAACGAGGCUCAACACUAAUAGGCUAUGGCGACCCAUUAACACCCGGUUACCCAGCAAUCGACUUUACACCACGUAUUUCAAUCGAAGAGGCAGAGAAUGCGAUUCGUCUGCUAAAAAUUCCUGCACAACCGAUAGGUUACGCCGAUGCCAUCAAGUUCUUUGAAAGCAUGGAUCCAUCAUGCGACGAAGCACCCGAGAAAUGGCGGGGAAAGAUGAACACUACGUAUAGGUUAGGUUCUAGAAUGGUGAACAACAGGAGAGUAAAAAUAGUCUCUAAAAACACGAGGGAGACCCGCACAACCUAUAAUGUCAUAGGGAUCAUCAGAGGAAGUAUUGAACCAGAUAGGUACGUCAUGGUAGGAGGUCAUCGCGAUGCUUGGGUCUUUGGAGCAAUUGAUAACGUACAGGGCACCGCACUUUUACACGAACAAGCGAGGGUCUUCGGGAAACUACUGAAAGAGGGGUGGCGUCCACGUCGAAGCAUCAUUCUUGGAAGUUGGGGCGCUGAGGAAUAUGGCUUGAUCGGUGCCAAUGAAUUUUCCGAAGAGUUCUCCAAAAACCUAGCUGAACGUGCGGUUGCAUACAUCAACGCAGACAUAUCAGCAAUGGGUCGAAGGCUUUACUCAACAUCAAGUUCUCCACUUCUCAAAAAUAUAAUUUAUAGAGCUACUGAUUUUGUCAAAUCACCAGAUGCAGAAUUUGAUACGCUUCGUGAUUUCUGGACUUCUCGACAAGGUAAAGAUCCGAAUGACGCGGGAGUUGAACCAAGUAUCGAUAAACUGGGAGCGGGAAGCGACCACGCCCCGUUUUACAAUAGAAUAGGUGUUCCAUGUAUGACCUCUGGAAGCUUUGGAGGCGAGGGAUACCCUCUCUAUCAUAGUGCAUAUGAGAUGUUCAGUGCAGUGAAGAACUUCAUUGAUCCCACGUUUGAGUACCAACAAGCAGUCGCCAGACUAGUUGGCGAAGCAGUAAGACUCCUUGCGGAUGAGCUUGUCCUUGCAAUGGAUGUCCAUUAUUAUUCUAAAGAUAUCAACGCUAUGUUUGUUGGAAUUAAAGAACUUUACGCGACCAAACUUUCUGAAAACAACAUAACACUGUCAAAGUUUGAAGAGGCUGUCGGUAAUUUCACAAAGGCAACUGAUUUGUUUAAUACAAUGGUGGAUGAAGUUGAUAGACAAGAUCCAAUGGCGGUGAGAAUGUUAAACGAUAAGAUGAUGUUGUUGGAACGAGCAUUCAUUGAUCCGCUGGGGUUGCCAGGGAGACCUCUAUAUCGUCACAUAGUAGCAGCUCCAAGUAGAAGUAACGCCUAUGCUGGGGUCGGAUUUCCCGGUAUUGUCGACGCUAUUGCAGACGCAGAAGAUGCUGCGGUUGGCGAGAAAGCAGAACGUUGGCGCGUGGUUCAGAAAGAAGUUGCAAAAGCUACAUUUGCUCUUAGGUCAGCUGGAUCAACGCUAACAGGACACGUACAGCUUGGACGCUAGUAUUCAGUAUCAAUUAAACGACAAUGCGUCUUAGGUCUCUGUGCAGGGUGACCAAAAAUACCACCCACUAAUUUUGGAAUAACUCUCUCAAUAGUUAAUCUGAAAAGAUAGGAUCAAAUCCUAUGCUUGUGGUUUUUGUGUCGAUAGAGUGUUAAAUGGAACAAAGAUUGUUGUACUUGGAUAGCAUCGACGACUUUCAGAUUUAGUGAUAUCACAUUUUCAGUCCAGGCAUGCUCUAGGUGAAAUCAUCAAAAAAUGUUUAAAAACACAAUUUUCUGAAAUGAGAUUUCUGUCUUAGCCAUUAUUUGAGUCAUUUGUUGGAUUGCUUUUGUCUAUCCAAUUUUCUUAAAUAAUUUUGUCACAUUUAAUGAACUGACUGGCUUAUUAGGUGAAUUUUAAGAAAGACAGAUUUUCUAAUUUACAAUUUUG